GCGUUCAUACAGGUCCGCGCGUCCACUUGGAUCGGAGCGGACCGAAACGGACCCCCCCCCCCGGCGAAACAAGCGGAAAUAUUUCAAAGCUCUGCGGGACGCCGGUUGGCCACUUGGAUGGGCGGCUUCCCCUGCAAAUGUCGCUUUAAUUUACGAUCCCUCCCAAAAGCAUAACAGGCAGCCCGGCUUGACCCCCGCUGGCCCCGCCGCCGCCGCCGCCUCGGAUUUCCUCUUAAAGGGGCAGGAACGCUUGGCUUUUGGCAUUCAGGUUGCAAACGUUGACUCCUUGCAACCAAGCAAAUCAAUCCAAUCAAUGACAAAGCAUCUUUAUUGACAAUGGCUGUACGUGUAACAAAGCGCUUCCUAUCACUUGAAUGUUCAUUCUUCUGAUCGUGUCUUGAGAGACUUUGAAGGCCCAAACGUCUUUUGCGUUAGCUGUGCCAAACGAAACGUGGCCGUUGUUGUUGUCUGACUUUGAAGGCCCAAACGUCUUUGGCGUUAGCUGUGCCAAAUGAAACGUCGGCGUUGUGGUCUGAAGAUGCAAAUUGCAUCUUGGGAUCUACACGGCACGAAUUGUUUUCCCUGAGAAGAAAGGCAAACAAGGUCCAUGUUGUCACCUGGAGUGCAUACGCCUCUGGAGGGAGCCCCGCCCAUCCGGGAUGUGCCCACUCGCAGACGUAGGAAUUGAUCACAGUUGUUGGGACAAUGCUCAGACUUCAAAUGUAGGAAGGCAAAAGUCUUUUCUAGCGCUCCGUCUGCAAACAAAGUUCCGAACAGAUAAAUAGUUAUUUUGAGUUAAUGGUGUACUUUCAUUGAUGGCAUUGCACAGUAAUUGAUGAAUUUUGUUGUUGUUGUUGAAAUAGGACUGUAUUUAUUACCAGUGGUAUUUAUUUGGCAAUAUUCUUGAGCUUUUAAUUGACGAAUGGCUUUGUUGAUUUACCAAGGUUAUUAUUUACUUAUUGACUUUGGUUAAAUGGUCAUUUUUCGUUGAUUUGAUGAUAUUAUGAAUUUACUGAGUUUCAAUUAGGUUAAUGGGAAUACUACUACUACUUUCGUUAUCCCCCCCUGCUGGUCAUAACGAUUCAUCACACCACGACGUCACUCGUCUCUCGCUCAAACCUGGGGGCGGGGCAAGGACUAGCCGGCCAAUAGGGAGCGCCCUUGGCGUUGCCACAGAAACUACGAGCGGCUUCCCGCUGGGAAGCCGGAGGGGGCGCGGCCUCCCCAGAUGCAGCAGCCAAUAAGGGCGAUUGCUGGAGCCAAUCAUAUUGCAACAGAGGCGGUGCGGUGCGGUGCGGUGCGGUGGGUCGCGUCCAGCCGCCAGUGGCAUUCUCGCAAACCACGCUGAGCGCCUUCGUGUCUGUGGGCGUGACCGUAGCGGGAGCCCCGCUUCAAGAUGGCGGCCACAUGCAGCCUAUCUCGUUUUGUUAGCGGGGGUCGGGGAUUCGGCUCGCUCGCACGGUGACGCUCGUACCUGCCCGCCCGUGGAUCAGCUGCGGGCUCGAGUUGCGGGCUCGAGCUGCGGACUAGUUAGCCGCCCGCUCGCGUUGCCGUAUAGCCGCGGCCGGGCUAACAUUCCCACCGACCGGGAGGCCCGCAACGCUCUGUGUCGUCCGGAUCGGACCGGACCGGAGCACCGGACCUGGCCAAGAGCCCCCGACGGCCGGCGAACGAGCUUGAGUUGGGGUUGAUGUGGCCCACCAGCGCCAUCCGUCAGAUGGGUCCCGCUCGCCUGGGUUGAAAGAAAGUUGGGCAAGCUGUCCGACCGAUUUAACGGACGGCGGCGGGCUCAAGCACACGAGCCAAGUCGGCAUGCCAGUCGUCUGAGGGGCGAUGAGCUAACGCGGCCGGCCGGCCGGCCCACGCAACGCGCAGGAUGGACGCGUGCGCAAAGACCCCCAACCGCACGGCGCCGGCGGGAGGCGUGGACGACGGGCGCGGCGGCGGCCCCCCGGCCUGCUCGCGCACCAACGGCUGGAGCUGGCCUCCUCAUCCCUUUCAGAUGCUGGCCUGGCUCCUCUACGCCUACUUUGCCGUAGUGGGCCUGGGCGUCCUUGUGCCGCUGCUGCCCGCCCACUGGACGCCGGCCGGCUACAUCUGCACCGGCGUGAUGUUUGCGUGCCACCUGUGCACUCACGUCAUGGCGGCUAGCGUGGACCCGGCCGACCGCAACGUCCGAGCCAAGAGCCUCAAAGGGCCGCUUCCCGUCUUGGACCGCUCCAAACGGGCCCACGUCAUUGAGAACUGCCACUGCUACCUCUGCCAGGUGGACGUAGGGCCCAAGUCCAAGCACUGCAGCGCGUGUAACAAAUGCGUGGCCGACUUUGAUCAUCACUGUCGCUGGCUCAACAACUGUGUGGGAAGCAGAAAUUACAAGUUGUUCCUGUACAGCGUGGUGUCGGCCGUGUUGGGCGUGUGCGUCCUCCUGGCCGUUUCGUCCUACGUGCUGAUCCGGUUCUUCUGGGAGCCCGCCGACCCCGGCGCCGACAAACACUCCCGGGGUGAGUGGGCCCGCCGCCACGGUAACUGUUGGCUCGCUAAGCGCCGCGCUCGCUCCUCUUCCCGCUCAGCGCCCAACCGGACGACGUCGCCGUUCCCGUCGCCGGUCCCGGUGCUGGCCGCCGUCACGGGGGCGCUGGCGUUGCUCGCUUGCGUGCUGCUCUGCCACCUGCUGCUCUUCCACUUCUAUCUCAUGUGGAACAGGUUGAGCACGUACGAGUACAUCGUGCGCCAGCGCCACCGUCAGGACGGAAGACAAACGACAAGCCCGGACGACGUCAAGCACGCCGCCCGAGCGUCCGGCCGCUCCGAGGGAACGGACGACUCGGAAACGCCGGGCUACACCCGGCCUCAGCUGGAUGAGCGGCGCGAGCGGCUGGUGGGCGACGCGAGGGCUGCGGCUAGCCCGUUUGCGGAGCCAAAUGCCCCGCCCACAAUCUCCACGCAGCACCACACGGCAGAGUGCCCGUACGCACAAAAGGCCUUUUCCCAGAAGACGAUGACAACAAAGAAGAAGAGGACGAUGGGCGGACACGGUGCAGUUGUGGCAGAUGCCGGUCCAGACGCCCGCUGUUCAUCAGAGCGAGCGGGCGCGUGGCUACCGGGCCCGCCCGUUGCCAGGCCCCCCCGCCUACACCAGCGCCUCCCGCCCUCGCCACCGGUCCGGGCCACCGCCCCUCCCGCCGAGUACCACUCCGACUCGGCCGAGUCCCUGGAGGAGGUCCCCGUGGUGCUAGACAAACUAGGCUCGCGGGCCCCGUGGAGGACCGCCGUUUUCGUGAGCGGAGCCAGCGACGGAAGGAUGCCGAGUGUGCCUUCCUCCUCCUCCUGGUUUCCGCCCAUUGCCGGACGGCGGCGGUGACCCGGCUACCCGCUCAUCCUGUUGCGCUGCUGGCAACGCAAACGCACAGGGACGACUUUGACGUCGGUCAUGUUUCACUCACUCACUCACUCACUCACUCACUCACUCAGUCGUCAGUUGGGUUUGGUCGUCCCCCGACCGGAUGGUGGCCCAUCUGGAGCCUGGUCUCCAGGCCCGCCUCCUCCUGAUCUUUUGGGAAAACGUGGCCUAAAGGUGCUCGCGGGCGUGCCGGAGCCUUUCCCAGCAGUCAUCGGGGGACACCUUGAACCGGUUGCCAGCCAAUGGCAGCAACUUGCACAUCUUUUGCAACCUCAACUUAUCCCAGAAAGUCACCACGUCCACACUGCUGAUGGAGCUCCCACUUUUUGAAAAAAGUGCCCCUUCCAGGCCGCAAUCCCGUUCCACAUUGAUUAUGUUCCACUCGUCGGCAGCGUCUUCUUCCACCUUUUCUCCUGUCCACUUGUUUCCAUCUUGGCUACUUUCAAAGGUACUCCUGCUUGGUUCUUUUAUUCCUUAUUUAUGUUGAAGCACCAAGUGCCCGUAUGGCCCCAUGAAACGAAUUCUUCCCCUUCGACAUUGCUCGACUGCCUGAACCCUCCCCAACUCCAAAAUAUUUUCCACAUUCCCAAAUCGCCCCCCCCCACACACGCACACAAUAAAAGCCCCAUUUAUUCCGUCCGAAGUUGUCAAAGUAUUGCAACCUCAAAUUGUUUUUCGCCUUCCCCAAAAUUCACACCAUUUCCUUAUUUUCCAUUUUUUUUUCUGCAUAAAUAUGUCCAGGUGAAGUCCUAUUUCUACUACAUGGUGCCCAUCAUCAUUUCUCGAUUGAUUGAAAACACUCCAAGCCACCACAUGUUUUCUACAUUUCCCGAAUGGCUCAUUUUCGCCCAAAACUCCCACGUGCCCAAGGGAGGGGAGGAGCUUUGCGGCUGUCUGGGGGCGGCCCCGGUGGCUCAAUUGACCGCCAGAUCAAGUCGGUAUCGAUAUCGGAGCGAUACUAGCGCGAAGCGAUGGAUACAGUGGUGUCAGUAUCGCUGUUUGCUUGGGUCAAGCAGGCGACAGCCAGGUUGCCCCCACGCCCCAUUUCAUACCCCCCCCCCCCCUUUUCUGGUGCGUCCAUCAUGUGAUGAAGCAGCACGCGCGCGCGGGCUCGUAGCUGAAUGGAGUCGCUCACAAAAACCUGCAACCAAAACAUUUUUCCCCAUCAAAAGGUUUUGGCCAUCGUGUCAUUGUUUACACUUUAUUUUUUAGCAUGUACUUUUGUUUGUUUUUUCCAGAACAUGCACUAAAAGAAGGAAAUGCUUUCUUUUUGUACUGGAUGUCAUAAAACACAUUGUACUUGAAAAAGAAAUUGCUUCGUUUUGAA